GGCCCCGCCCGCCCCGCGCGGCGCCUUCGGUCCGAGGCAGACUGCUCCAAGCGCCAGCUCCGGGAGGCAACUGGGACGGCAGGUGAGGCGCCCUCUCCGUUCCCUCCCCGUGUGUGUGUCAGCCCGCGCCAGGUGCUCAAACUCGAGGGCAGGAGAAGACGGUGGGCAUCGCAGGAGCCCCGGGCCGGGGUUGGCUGCCCGAGAGCUCUCAGUACCAGCGCUGGACUCGGGUCCCUGUCCAGACCUCAAGUCCGCUCCCAGCCAGGCCCCGGCCUUUAGGAAUCCCCCUGGGGCCCCAGUUGGGCCUCAAUGACGCUCCUCCCGCCGCCGUCUCAGCCCACCCUGUUGCUGCUGCUGCUUCUGCUGCCGACCCUGCCGGCGACGGGUGGGUCCUGGCAGUGCCCGCGCACCCCCUACGCCGCCUCCCGCGACUUUGAUGUGAAGUACGUGGUCCCCAGCUUCUUGGCCGGCGGCCCGAUACAGGCUUUGACGACCUACGAUGGCGCUGGGGAAGGGAGUGCCGUGUUUGUGGCCACACGCAAUCGCCUGCACGUGCUUGGGCCUGGUCUGCAGCCAGUCGAGAGCCUGGUCACGGGCCCUGCUGGGGCCCCUGGCUGCCAGACGUGUGCGGCCUGUGGUCCAGGUCUCCACGGCCCGCCGGGAGACACAGAUGCGCAGGUGCUGGUGCUGGAGCCGGCGCUGCCCGCACUGGUCAGCUGUGGCUCCAGCCUGCAUGGCCGCUGCUUCCUGCAUGAGCUAGAGCUGCACGGGACAGUAGUGCACCUGGCGCCGCCAGCCUGCCUCUUCUCUGCACACCAAAACCGACCCGAGGACUGCCCCGACUGUGUGGCUAGCCCUCUGGGCACCCUUGUGACCGUGGUUGAGCAGGGCCAUGCCUCCUACUUCUAUGUGGCAUCCUCAUUGAACACGACAGUGGCCGCCAGCUUCAGCCCGCGCUCGGUGUCUAUCCGGCGCCUCAAAGCCGACGCCUCAGGAUUCGCACCAGGCUUUCCAGCGCUGUCAGUGCUGCCGUCGCACCUCACUUCCUACCAUAUUGAAUACGUAUACAGUUUCCACUCGGGAACCUUCGUCUAUUUCCUGACCGUGCAACCAGCGAACGUGGCAGCCGCUCCUGGUGCCUUACACACGCGCCUGGCGCGGCUUAACGCUGCCGAGACCGACCUGGGUGAUUACCGCGAGCUCAUCCUUGACUGCCAUUAUGAGCCUAAACGUCGGCGACGUGGGGCCCCUGAGGGUGGGCAGCCCUACCCAGUGCUGCGCGCAGCCCACACGGCUCCGGUGGGCGGCCAACUGGCCGCUGAGCUGAGCAUCGCUGAGAGCCAGGAAGUGUUAUUCGGGGUUUUUGGGGCUAGCAGAGACAGCAGCCCCGGUGUGAGUCCCAACUCUGUCGUCUGUGCCUUCCCCAUCGACCUGAUGGACACUCUCAUCGACCAAGGUGUAGAGCGCUGUUGUGAGUCUUCGGUCCAUCCCGGCCUCCGGCGAGGCCUCGACUUCUUCCAGUUGCCCAGUUUAUGCCCCAACCCGCCUGGCCUAGAGGCCCCCAGCCCCAAUGCCAGCUGCUACCACUUCCCUCUGCUGGUCAGCGGCAGCCUUCUACGUGUGGACCUGUUCAACGGGCUGUUAGGACCAGUGCAGGUCACCGCGCUGCAUGUGACACGCCUCGACAAUGUCACAGUUGCCCACAUGGGCACAGCUGAUGGGCGCAUCUUGCAGGUGGAGCUGGCCAGAUCUUUCAACUUCUUGCUGUAUGUAUCCAACUUCUCACUGGGCAGUAAUGGGCAGCCCAUUCAACGGGAUGUCAGUCGCCUUGGGGAUCACCUGCUCUUUGCCUCUGGGGACCAGGUCUUCCAGGUACCUAUCCAAGGCCCUGGCUGCCGCCACUUCCUCACCUGUUGGCGUUGCCUGAGGGCACAGCGUUUCAUGGGCUGUGGAUGGUGUGGGGGCAUGUGUGGCCGGCAGAAGGAGUGUCCUGGCUCCUGGCAACAGGACUAUUGCCCACCUGAGCUUACUGAGUUCUACCCCCACAGUGGACCCCUAAGGGGCAGCACAAGGCUGACCCUGUGUGGCUCCAACUUCUACCUGUACCCUGCUGGACUAGUGCCUGAGGGCACUCAUCUGGUCACCGUGGGGGAAAGUCCCUGCCAAGUACUGCCCAAGGACAGCUCAAACCUCAGCCCAGUGCCCCGGAAGGACUUUGUAGAGGAGCUUGAGUGUGAGCUGAAGCCCUUGAGCACACAGGCAGCCGGGCCUGCCAACAUCAGCCUCACCGUGACCAACAUGCCAAGGGGCAAGCACUUCUGGGUAGACGGCACCUCCAUGCUGCAAGGCUUCUCUUUCCUGGAGCCAGUGCUGAGAGCAGUACAACCCCUAUUUGGCCCAAAGGCAGGGGGCACCUGCCUCACCCUUAAAGGCCAGGACCUGUCUGCAGGCACCAGCCAGGCUGUGUUGGUCAAUGGGACUGAGUGCCUGCUGAAACAGGUCACUGAGGGGCAGCUUUUAUGUAUCACGCCCCCCGGGGCUGCUGUGGCCAGCGUUCCCAUUCAGCUGCAGGUGGGAGGUGCUGAGGUGCCUGGCUCCUGGACCUUCCACUAUCAGGAAGACCCCGUCAUUCUGAGCAUCAGCCCCAACUGUGGCUACACUGGCUCCCGUGUCACCAUCCAUGGCCAGCAUCUGACUUCAGUGUGGCAUUUAGUGCUAUCUUUCCAGGAUGGGCUUAGGGCAGUGGAAAAUAGGCAGUGUGAAGGGCAGCUCCCGGAGCAGCAUUGGUGUCGCCUGCCUGAAUACGUGGUCCGAGGCCCCCAGGGGUGGGUGACAGGGAACCUGAGUGCCUGGGGGGAUGGAGCUCCUGCCUUCACACUUCCUGGCUUUCGCUUCCUGCCCCCACCCCAUCCACCCAGCACCAAACUGGCCCCACUGAAGCCUGAGGAGCAUGCGAUUAAGUUUGAGUAUAUUGGGCUGGGCUCUGUGGCUGAUUGUGUGGAUGUGAACGUGACCGUGGGUGGUGAGAGCUGCCAGCACGAGCUCCGGGGGGAUGUGGUCAUCUGUCCCCUGCCCCCCUCCCUGCAACUUGGCAAGGAUGGCACCCCACUGCAGGUCUGCGUGAAUGGUGAAUGUCACAUCCUGGGCAGGGUAGUGCAGCAAGCCCGACAGAGGUUCCCACAGAGGACACUCCUUGGUGUCCUGCUGGCCCUGCUCCUACUUGUGGCUGUACUGGCCACUGCAUUAGUCUUCAACUACCGGCGGAAGAAGCAGCUAGUCCUUUCUCCAAACCUGGAUAACCCGGCAUCCCUGAACAGGACCACUGGAGCUGUGUCUCUACCUAUGCUUCACUCAGGGUCUGACUGCAGAAAUGGCCUUGGUGAGAUGGUGGAGGAGCUAGAAGCUAGGCUCAUACCCUCUGCUCCACAAGUCCCUUACUCCCUCUCCUUCACAGCAGCCCCUGCCAUUGAUGGUCUGGAUUCCACCACUCGGGUCCACAGAGCGUCCUUCUCAGACAGCAGGGAUGGGUCCUGUAUCCCACUGCUGCAGACAGAGUCCAUCCAGCUUGGGGACCUGGACUCUUCACUCUUGGCCGAGGUCAAGGAUGUGCUGAUUCCCCAUGAACAUGUGGUUACCCACAGUAACCAAGUCAUUGGCAAAGGGCAUUUUGGAGUUGUCUACCAUGGAGAAUACACAGACAAGGCCCAGAAUCGAAUCCACUGUGCCGUCAAGUCACUGAGUCGCAUCACAGAGGUACAGGAGGUGGAGGCCUUCCUACGUGAGGGACUGCUCAUGCGUGGUCUGCACCAUCCAAAUGUGCUGGCUCUCAUCGGUAUUGUGCUGCCACCUGAAGGGCUGCCUUGUGUGUUACUGCCCUUUAUGCGACAUGGAGACCUGCUCCGGUUCAUCCGCUCACCCCAGCGGAACCCCACGGUGAAGGACCUCAUCAGCUUCGGCCUGCAGGUAGCCCACGGCAUGGAGUACCUGGCAGAGCAGAAAUUUGUGCACAGGGACCUAGCUGCUCGGAACUGCAUGCUGGAUGAAUCAUUCACAGUCAAGGUGGCUGACUUUGGUCUGGCUCGCUAUGUCCUGGACAAGGAGUACUACAGUAUUCGGCAGCACCGCCAUGCUCGCCUACCUGUCAAAUGGAUGGCACUGGAGAGCCUUCAGACCUACAAAUUCACUACCAAGUCUGAUGUGUGGUCGUUUGGUGUGCUGCUAUGGGAGCUGCUGACACGAGGUGCCCCACCAUACCCCAACAUUGACCCUUUUGACCUCACUCACUUCCUGGCUCAGGGUCGGCGCCUGCCUCAGCCUGAGUAUUGUCCCAGUUCUCUGUAUGCAGUGAUGGAGCGCUGCUGGGCAGAGGACCCUGCAGCACGACCCACCUUCAGGAUGCUAACAGGGGAAGUGGAGCGCGUGGUGGCCGCACUGUAUGGCGACCACUAUGUGCAGCUGCCCACGGCCUAUGUGAACCUGGGCCCUGGUGCCUUGAAUGAGGUGAACAUGCCCCUGGAGCAGUCACCAUCCCCACCCAUGUGGAGGAGCAUGGGGCAGUCCCGGCCCCUCUCAGAACCACCAAGCCCCACAUGACCUCAGCCCUAGGCAGGCCCUGGGGGGCCGGAUCAGCAUAGCAACCCAGGAGUUAACCCUAAGCUCCUUCUGGGCCAUGCUGGGUCAGGAGGAAGCUCAAGCUGGCCUCUGCCCUGUCUCUGCCCCUUAACCUUGAGGGAUGAUAGGAGGGGAGCAGGGCUCAUUGACCUCUUACUCCACAGAGGGAGCCAGUGAGGGCGAUCCUUGAUGCAAUGAGUAUUUAUGGAGCACCUGCUAUGUGCCUGGCCACCAUGCACAGGGGACUCAAUGGUGACCACACAGACACUGGCCCUUGAACCAGUAAAUGAACAAAUGAAUAUUCAA